UCCACAAAACCAAUUUAUCCCCAAACCCAAAGAGGAACUCAAUAAAAAGAGGGAUUUUUUUCUGUUUCUUCUCUUCUUCUUCUUCUGAUACUUCGAAGCCAAUAGCAAGAGAACAAAGGAGAGAGAAAAACAAAUAGAACGAGUUUUCUAUUCAUAUUUGAUUCGUGCUUUUUUGUGUGGGUAAAAUGGACGGUAGAGGUGGUGGUGGGGGUGUUAGUAACGGGAACGCGGGUGUUCCGGCGUCUUCGAGAAAGGUUGUUCAGAGUUUGAAGGAGAUCGUGAACUGUUCUGAGUUAGAGAUCUAUGUGAUGCUUGUUGAGUGCGAUAUGGAUCCUGAUGAAGCUAUUUGUCGCCUCCUUUCACAAGAUACUUUUCACGAGGUGAAGAGCAAACGAGAGAAGAAGAAAAAGACCAAAUAUCCUGUAGACUCUUGGACGCGUUACAACACCUCUCGAGGUGGCAGAAACAAGUAUAACUCUAAUGAAAUGGGGAAUGCUCAAGGUGUACCAGCAAACAUAAGAGAAAAGGGAGCACGUAAUCAUUGUGUUGGCUCUUCUUUCUCAUCUGGUGUUCUUGGACUCCAACCUCCAUCAAACAGCUCUAAAGUCAAAAAAGCACCUACAAGAUCAAAUGAUGCAGUACCUUCGUCGUCCCUGCCUACUCAUACGUCUCAAUCCGCUUGGGUUAGUGCUAACCCCGGGAAAAGAACUAUGGCUGAUAUUGUUAAAAUGGGUAGGCCUCAACAACAGAAUAAUAUUGAUGUGCCUCGUUCUUCAAAGGCUCAAGAGAGCAGAAAUAAAGCUCAUAUGAAGGAUGAAUGGCCUUCAAUUGAGAAACAAGAUGUUUCUCAUCAGUCAUCCUCUGUCUUGAAACCAGCUGCUGAAUCUAAGAUGUCUGCUAACCAAUUUAGUGAAUCUCAACAUCUGGAUGAGACCCUUUUGGAUAACCGCCACCAAGAAACAACAACAUAUCCAAUUGGGUCUCCUCCUAAUGCGGAUCACGAUCUGCCUGCUUCCGUAUCAAGCAAAAAUUUGGUAAAUGGUGAUUCUAGAGACCCCUCAGAUUGUUCUGAUGAAAAUAACAAAGUUAAAAGCCAUCUUUAUGAGGAAAAUGGAGCCGAAGAUGUUUCUACAUAUGUUGCUAACGGUUCCCACCAACUUACUAUUGAAAAUGAAGAAGCAUUACCAAAAGAAGACAAACCUGCAGUGAUAUUCCCCAAUCACAUACAAAUCCAUAAAUCAAAAUGCUCACACAUAAUGUUUGGUAGUUUUGGCUUUGGGAUAGGAUCAUGUCAAGUUAGUGGCUUGAAUGAUAACUUGGAUGAACCACUAGAAACAGAGGAUGAUUCAUCAUUCAAACAUACCGACACUGACUUCUCUGGAGAGGAUGAAGAACAACUGAGAAAUGAUGCUACUAAUGAACAAAUUUCCAACCAAAUUGAUCCAAGUACCCGAGAUCACCAUUCUGCUACAGAUUCUGAUAAAGAAUCUGUACAACAUGAACCUCCUCAAGAAGAAGGUGAUCAAUACAAGUUUUCAUCUUCGACAGAUUAUGGAUUUGUAAACACCCAACAGUUGAAUCCUUCAUCAGGAACAAAUCCUCAAAUCCAGAAUCUUGACACCUUCCCCAGCGUAAUGCACCAAGGAUAUACAAGUUCGUCACCCAACACUCUAAUCCCUUCAAGCAUUCAAGAUGCAAGAGAAUUUUAUCUUCACUACUCGCCUUUCCCAACAAAAUACAACACGGCUGCUCCCUCUUCACAUGUUGGUCCAACAAUUUCAAUGGUAGAGGAAUUGAGAGCUGCGAGUAUUUCUACUCAAAAUGCAGUGCCCAAUGCAGGACAACAAGAAGCAGCUCUUACACAACACCUUGCCUUAAACUCAUUCUCUCAUCAGCCAAGGAUGCCUUUGGGGCAUUAUAGUAAUUUGAUAAGCUAUCCAUUCAUGACACAAAGUUACAACCCUUACAUGCCUUCAGGUUUUCAGCAAGCGCUUCCCACUAAUAACCAACAGUCCUUAGCUGCUAUGCUUCCGCAAUACAAAAGUCAAGCAACUGCUCAUCAUGUUCCUCCUCCCUCUGUCAACGGCUUUGGAGGUAGCGCUGCUUCAAGUAACAACUUCUCUUUGAACCCCGCAAGUGCUGCAAACUCGUACGAGGAUGUUUCGAGCUCACAAUUUAAGCAUAUCAACCAUUUGGCAUCACCACAUCAGCAUAAGAACGAAAACUCAGCAGCAUGGCAUCAAGGAAAACAGCCCAACUUGCGAGUGACUAUGGGAAACGGAUAUUACAGCUUCCCAGGUCAUCAGAAUCAACAUCUUCAUGGUUUCCGUCAAACACAACAAUUGCAGCAACAACAUCAGUUGUCUCAACAUCAACAACAACAUUUUGGAGGACAUGGCUAUGUUAGUCCUUACCAUUCACAAGCUGCAAUGUCGUUAGACCAUCUCCAUUACCAACACCAACAAUGACAAAACGUUCUAAACAGACCCAAUAAAAGUACUGAUAUGAAUUCAA